AUGCUACGCUUAAUAAUAACGGCCUCGGCUGUCAUCACCGGCGGCACGGCGAUUUACUUGUAUACAGUCCAUGAAAGGCUGUCGUCGCGCAUCCAACACAAGUCCCACUGUGGCAAACUAUCAGCACCGUCCCCCAAGCCCCUCGAGAUAGAGUCCAUUCCAGAAGACAUCUUCACCGACCAAUACUUUGCCCUGUAUGACCAUUCCUCCAAGGCAGUAUCGCGCGACUCGCUGCCCCAGAAUAUCGCCGCCGAGGAGCUCUUUACGAAACUGGUUCGCCGCAACAUGAUUGCCUUCACGCAUUUUCCGCAAGCGUGGAUGAUCCGACUGGUCAGCAGAGCCCCAGAGGAAAAGCAAAGCUUUAAGGCAUCACAUAUCUCGUCCCUGGACUUCCGCCCCGGGGACUUGGUUGGUGGCGUGUACCGUGUCGUGGCGCGCAGCGGCAACAAGGUCGAGUUUGAGAUCAAGAUGAAAAAUAUGGACUUCGUGAACGGCCGCAUGGCGAUCAGUUUCCAUGAAUCGGAGACUGAACGGGUGUUCAGUAGUGAAACUUUGAUGUGGAGGCGGUCUGAUGAGACACAAACCAUGCCUCUGGAGAAGCCGCUUCUUCGAUGGAUGCAUGAAACGGCAGCUUGGUGGCUGAUUGACUCUGGCGUGAAAUGUUUGACCGAAAUCGAGUCUUGA